AUGAAGAAGCCGCUCUUUCAACGCCUGCAAACGGCACCACUUGACGGAAAGAUUAGUUCCUUGGCAGCCAGUGAUUACUUUUAUCGCAUUGCAUUCGCCUUGGGUUGGACACCUCCCAAAAAAGGAUUACUGAGAUGGAUCUACUGCCUGUGGACUGUGACCACCAUGUGGCUGGGGAUUGUCUAUCUUCCCUUGGGACUAACCCUCACCUAUGUGAAGCACUUCGAUAGAUUUUCGCCCACUGAGUUUCUCGCCUCCCUGCAGGUGGACAUCAACUGCAUUGGCAAUGUGAUCAAGAGCUGUGUGACCUUCACCCAGAUGUGGCGAUUCCGCAGGAUGAACGAAUUGAUUUCAUCGCUGGAUGAGAGAUGCGUUAGCCCAUCGCAGCGUCAGAUUCACCAUAAAAUGGUGGCGCGGGUUAAUCUCAUUGUGAUCCUGUUUCUGUCCACCUACCUGGGCUUCUGUUUGCUAACCCUGUUUACAUCCGUUUUGGCCGGCAAGGCUCCUUGGCAGUUGUACAACCCAUUUGUGGACUGGCGGAGUGGCUAUUGGCAGCUAUGGAUUGCCUCGAUCUUUGAGUACUUGGUCGUCUCCAUUGGAACCAUGCAGGAAUUGAUUUCGGAUGCCUAUGCCAUAGUGUUUAUUUCCUUGUUUCGCGGUCAUCUGGCCAUUCUCCGGAGUCGCAUUGAAAAUCUGCGACAGGAUCCGAAGCUCAGUGAGAAGGAGAACUACGAUCAGUUGGUGGCCUGCAUCCAGGAUCACCGCAUUAUUAUACAAUGCUCCCAAAUUAUUCGUCCCAUCCUGUCGAUCACCAUCUUCGCCCAGUUCAUGCUGGUGGGCAUUGACUUGGGCCUGGCCGCCAUUAGCAUCCUGUUCUUUCCGAGCACCAUCUGGACCAUUAUGGCGAAUGUCUCGUUUAUCCUGGCCAUCUGCAUGGAGUCCUUUCCCUGCUGCAUGCUCUGCGAACAUCUGAUCGAGGACUGUGCCCGUGUCAGCGAUUCCUUGUUUCACUCAAAUUGGCUGACGGCCGAUAGGCGUUACAAAUCGACAGUUAUUUAUUUUUUGCACCGCGUUCAGCAACCCAUACAAUUUACAGCUGGCGCCAUUUUUCCCAUUUCGGUGCAGAGUAACAUUGCGGUGGCCAAGUUUGCCUUUAGUAUCAUCACAAUCGUCAAUCAAAUGAAUCUGGGCGAGAAGUUCCUAAACGACAAGGCAAAUGGCGGGGAACAAGAGCCUUAA